AAGUACUCUGCUCCAGAAUUAAAUAAGAGUCGGUGCCCGAAACGCAGAGUUGACAUCUGCUAUUCUGCUUCAUCCCUGUUUCCAAUCACUCCACGUUUCCAAUUGUUUAAGAUUCACACUUCAAAACUCUCCCUCUCUCUAUUUCUAGAGAGAGAAACACCAGAUCCAAUACAAUACAAUACUCCCAUACUAUCAGCAGCAGAUCUGAUCUGAUCUGCAUCACUCAUUUGAUCUCAAUCUAGUGUAGAGAAUGGGGUGCUCCUUCUCCGGACUCAACGCCUUGUACGAUUCCGCAUCCGGUGAUGUUUGGAUCAACGAACACCGCUUCAAGAUCAUCCGCCAGCUCGGUGAAGGUGGAUUUGCUUACGUCUUCUUAGUUAAGGAGGUUAUUACUGACACUUCGGACGGUGGAGUCUCCAACAAGAUUAAAGAUCCGUCUCACAUCUCUGAUGAUGGGACUUAUGCUAUGAAGAAGGUUUUGAUUCAGAAUAAUGAGCAGUUGGAGUUUGUUAAGGAGGAGAUUCGGAUCUCGUCGCUGUUUAAUCACCCGAAUCUGCUGCCAUUGCUUGAUCAUGCCAUUAUUCCAGUAAAGGGCGCACCACAACAAAAUUGGACACACGAAGCAUACCUGUUAUUUCCAGUCCAUUUAGAUGGGACUUUGUUGGAUAAUGCAAAAACUAUGAAAGCUAAGAAGGAGUCCUUUUCUACAUCUGAUGUUCUCCAAAUUUUCCGUCAGCUUUGUGCAGGACUGAAGCAUAUGCAUAAUCUCGAAACGCCAUAUGCACAUAACGAUGUAAAACCUGGAAACGUCCUUUUGACGCAUCGAAAAGGACAGCCUCCAUUGGCCAUAUUGAUGGAUUUUGGAAGUGCCCGUCCUGCUAGAAAGCAGAUCCGCUCUCGACCCGAGGCCCUCCAGUUGCAGGAAUGGGCAUCUGAGCAUGUUUCAGCGCCGUACCGCGCUCCUGAGUUAUGGGACUGCCCAAGCCAUGCAGACAUUGAUGAAAGGACCGAUGUAUGGUCUCUAGGUUGCACUUUGUAUGCUAUAAUGUAUGGUGUGUCUCCGUUUGAGUAUGCUCUUGGGGAGUCUGGUGGAAGCUUGCAGUUGGCUGUGAUGAAUGCGCAAAUAAAGUGGCCGACAAACGCAAAACCGUCCUAUCCAGAAGCCCUUCAUCAGUUUGUGUCAUGGAUGCUCCAGCCGCAACCCACGGUUCGACCACGCAUAGAUGACAUCGUCAUUCACGUCGACAAGUUGAUCCAGAAGUUCUCUGUUUAACCAUUACUUAGUGACAGUUUAUUGGUUAUUAUACAUACAGGAAAAGUGUGCAAUGUGAUGUAUCAUUUUGACUGGAAAUAUUUAUCUUUAAUCUUUGUAAGAAAUAUUUAUGGGAGGUCAGUGGAAUAAUAUCUUAUAUAAUCUGGUUUGUGAAAACAUUCAGUUUUUAUAAUAUUUUGAGAUAUUUGUUA